AUGGCUAGUCAACCCGUCUUCACUGCCAUGUCCACAUCAGCCAGGCAACUUCAUUCGCUGCUCCGCUGUAUAGCGUUCUCCCAACGCGCGGAGGUCCAGAUCACCCAUUCAGGGAUAAAGUUCUCGGUGGAAGAAGCUCGAGUUGUGCAGGGCCUUACUUUCCUCGACAAGGCAUUAUUUUCGACGUACACGUUGAAUUUGGACGAUGAUCAGCAUACACUGCCUCCGUUCUCAAUCUCGAUUGUGGCACUUCUUGAAACGCUCCAAAUCUUCGGUAUUGCCGAGGCAAGCUCUUCUCGAAAUCCCUAUGGCGGCUUUUCCUCCUCCUACGGAAACGCCUUCACCGCUCCAGCUCUUGCGGUGGGUGGUACUUGUCGACUGUCGUACCAAGAACCAGGUGCUCCUCUCACCAUCACGAUUCAAGAGGGGUCGGUUUCGACGAUGUGCGAGAUGAACACGUAUGAGGCUCACGACAACUAUGAGGACGACGGCGGCAUCCCGCUCGAUCGCAAUGCUCUGUGCCUGAAGGCGAUUAUGCGGAGUACUUGGUUGCAUGAUGCUAUCACAGAGCUAUCAGGAACGAAUCCCACAGCCCUGGUGUUGAACGCCUCGAAUCGAUCCGCCCCCUAUUUUGCUUUGGAAGGCGAAGGAGGCCCCUUUGGCGAUAGUAUCGUUGAGUUCAUGCCGGAAUCAAAGAAUGACCCUACCCCAAGCGGAACCAGAGGCAAAAUGCAACCUCUCGUCACGGAAACUUUUUCUGUUGUACCUCCGUCGGGGUCACAUGGGAGAAUCAGGCAGAGAUACAAGUUCGACAUGGUGAAGAGGGCCGGGAGGGCUAUGGCGCUGGCAAGCAAAGUCAGCGUUCGACAGGACGAACAAGGAGUUUUGAGUCUGCAAUUCAUGAUUGACCUUGGAGAUGGCGCGAAUAAUGGCGCACGUCGCGAUGACAAUGCCGCCGCCGCCGCUCCACCCUCUCCUGGCAGUGUUGCCUUUGUCGACUUUCGUUUCGUUCCUUUAGUGGGUGACGACGAAGAUAGCGAAAGUGAUACAGGAAGCGAGGAGGACUUUGAUAGGCAAGAAGACAACAACGCCAGCCCUUGA